AUGGCACAGCCUCGCGACGUGCCCUUCCUCAUGCGGCUGCUCGUCGCAUGGGUCACGUUCUACUACACCAUCUUCAUGGACGCCGUCUCCAGAUCUGUCGGCGGCUUGCUGGAGGCGAACGUGUUCACCGAGGAAGUGUCAUCGGCUUCUAGCUCGCGUGGCUCCAACCUCACCGCCGAGCGGAAAAGGAGGUCAGGGCUUCGCCGGCGCAGGUACCAGCUGCUGCUAGAGGACCUGGAAGGCAUGGGGGAGGAAGAAUUCAGGGAUUUGUUUCGCAUCAACCACGCAAUUCUUGACUACAUUGUCAACGGGAUGGCGCACUACAUGCAGCCCUACGUUGACAGAUACUUGAUCACGCACGAGGUGGCAUGCCUUGUGGCUAUCAAAUACCUGGCCAGCGGCAUGUCGUUUCGAGACCUGUCCGCAGUCUUUGGCCUGUCCAAGACGCUGUGCCACACGCUGGUAGAUGCGCUCCUCAUGCACUUCCCGACGGCCUUCAAGCAGCAGUGGGUCCACUUCCCGAGCCGUGACGACCUCGAUGAGAUGGCGGAGGAGUUUCGCGCCAUCAAGGGAGUCCCUGCGGUGGUGGGGGCUAUAGACGGCACACACAUACCCAUGAAGGGGAUGGAGGGGCACAGGCAAGAGUACUACACGCGCAAGUCAUGCUACGCCGUGCAGCUGCAGAUCACAUGCGAUGCUCGCGGCAUCAUUUGGGACUACUUGUGCUUCAACUACUACCAAAGCGCUACGCGCAUGGCAGUAGAGCGUUGCAUCGGCGCAUUCAAGGGCCGGUGGCGUCUAUUCGCGGGCCGCAAUGAUUGCGUGCUCUGGCGCAUUCUUGCAGGGGCGUCUUGUGGCGUCAUCCUGCACAACAUGUGUGAAACGAUGGGAGCGGUUAGGCGGGUGAAUGCGUCGUGGGCGAACUUGCCCCGAAACCAAGACCCGUGGUGGACUCGUGGUGCAGUCAGCGAAUUCAAGUGGGAGCCGUGCAACCCGUGCACGCAGGCUAAUUUGCGAGGACGGCGCAAGCGGUUGGGCGAGGCUCUGGAGUCGUCUUACCUCACUCGUCGGCGCCGCGAACCCACACAUCCUCGCCCGCAUCAGGGUUAG